AUGAUAGCACCAUCGCCAGAACCAAGUAAUAAAGAAUCAACUGUUGAUAUACUCUAUGAUUUAUGUAGAGAAAAUCAAGUUGAAAAACUUCAGAAUUUGCUUACAUCAAUCGAUAAUAUUAGCAUAUUGAAUACAAUUCAAGCUUCAACUGGUUCAACAUGUCUGCAUGUCGCGUGUUAUUACGGUCAUAAAGAACUGGUUCAAGUUUUAUUAGAUUAUGGUGCAUUGACUUCAAUUAGAAAUUUAAGAUAUAAUUUGACACCAUACGAAGAAGCAUCUGCUGAUCAUAUAAAACAAUUAUUUAUUAAUAAACGAAUAUUUUAUUCUGAAACAGAUUAUGAUUAUAUUCAAUGGUCUAUCACCGGUCAUGAUUUAAUCGAAAAACGUCGAGAAUUUCUACAGACAAUUCAUUUAUAUAGAACAUACAAUAAUCAUCAUCCAAUUAUAUCGAAAUUAUUAGCAGAAGUGAUUCAUUAUUAUUUAAAUGAAUAUUUAAAGAACAUUCCUCCUACCGGUAAUUCUGAAGGUCGAAUUACCGAAGAACAGAUUAAAGUUAUUGAAGAUUAUUUUCGAAAAGCCAUAGAUGAAAAAGAUUAUCUGAGAUAUUUCAUAAAAGCCUGCACAUUAACAGAUUAUUUUCAUAGAAUAUUAAAUAAACAUUUAGCUUUACAUAUUCUACAAUAUUUUGAUCAAACCAAAGAUUUUUGUUCAAAUUAUCGUUUAGUAAAUUGUCCUGUACAUAUUGUUACUCUAUUAAAAUUUCAUCUAGACAUCUGUAAAUACCAGCACAAAGGUGUGUGCUAUCGAGGAAUGAGAAUAACAGAAAAUGAUUUAAAUCCAUAUCAAUUAAAUCAACAUAUAUUAAAUCGAUCAUUUUUAUCUUCAUCAAUUGAUCAUAACGUUGCCAAAAUGUUUGCUGGUGAAGGUGAACAGUCUCAAAUGCGACAUACCUCUGAUCAACGUCCAUUACAAUUUUCAUGUUUAUGUCAAUAUAACAUCGUACAAAAUUCAACAGCUAUCAAUGUACAAGAAUUAUCAGUGAGACCUGAUGAAAAAGAAAUUUUCAUUCUACCAUUUGCUGUUUUCAAAGUGGUGAAUCUCAAACGACAUUAUAUUAAUGAUUCACAUGCAGCAAUUUCAAUUGAAAUUGAAUUAGAGUAA